UGGCGCGGCAGCUGUUAAGACUUGUUUUUCUUCUGCUUCUUGUUCCCGGAACAAUCUGCCUCGUUGACUAUAUGGAAGGAUGGCCGCAAAAUUCCUGGGGGUGCACCAAGGGGGCAUGCUCUCGCGUCAUACCUAAGGCGAUCUGGGCCCCAGGCAUCGGGCUAUCGCUUUCAGGGCACGCAUGGGAUACCAUCUUUGUCAAUGGCUAUGGUCCUUUCUUCCGGGGUCGAAAGCCUGGGGAAGGCUUACUACCCUCGGUACGGGCGUAAGAUACCAGCGCGCUGUGGGAUUUUGGGGGCCGAGACUUCGGGGGCCAGCCGCGGAUGGACGGGAGGGAGGGUUGUGUUGGGUAGGCUUGGUACGGGUCUCGAAUGCCAACACGGAAACGUAUAGAGUAGGAUACUACUAUUCGACCUUGAUGAGGACGUGCGUCAUGCCCAAUCACCAUCUUAGAUGGCGAAGAUGGGAGUGUUAUUAUUCGUCAAAAGGGAGAUGUAUACGCCACAAAUGAACUCUUGGGGAGGCUUUCCUAAUUCGGAAGGAUUGGGCAUCUUGUUUUUGUCCA